GAGUGUGACUGAGCCGGAGCAGCGUCCCCCGCCCGGCGGCCCCGCCCCGCCCGGCCAUGGAGUCCUACGACAUCAUCGCCAACCAGCCAGUGGUCAUCGACAACGGUUCCGGGGUUGUCAAGGCUGGCUUUGCUGGUGACCAGAUCCCGAAAUACUGCUUCCCAAACUAUGUGGGGCGCCCAAAGCACGUCCGGGUCAUGGCGGGGGCGCUGGAGGGGGAUCUCUUCAUCGGCCCCAAAGCAGAGGAGCACCGGGGCCUGCUGUCCAUCCGCUACCCCAUGGAGCACGGCAUCGUCCGGGACUGGAACGACAUGGAGCGGAUCUGGCAGUAUGUGUACUCCAAAGACCAGUUGCAGACCUUCUCCGAAGAGCACCCGGUUCUCCUGACGGAAGCCCCCCUAAACCCCUGCAAGAACCGUGAGAAGGCGGCCGAGGUUUUCUUCGAGACCUUCAACGUUCCAGCGCUUUUCAUCUCCAUGCAGGCCGUCCUCAGCCUCUACGCCACGGGCCGCACGACGGGGGUGGUGCUGGAUGCGGGGGAUGGCGUCACGCACGCGGUGCCCAUCUACGAGGGCUUCGCUAUGCCGCACUCCAUCAUGCGGGUGGACGUGGCCGGGCGGGACGUCUCGCGCUACCUCCGCCUGCUGCUGCGCAAGGAGGGCUACGACUUCCACACCUCGGCCGAGUUCGAGGUGGUCAAGAUGAUAAAGGAGCGGGCCUGCUACCUGUCCAUUAACCCCCAGAAGGAUGAGGCGCUGGAGACGGAGAAGGUGCUCUACAGCCUGCCAGACGGGAGCACACUGGAGGUGGGCCCGGCCCGCUUCCGAGCCCCUGAGCUGCUCUUCCAGCCGGACCUGGUGGGGGACGAGAGCGAAGGGAUCCAUGAAGUCCUGGCCUUUGCCAUCCAGAAAUCCGACAUGGACCUGCGGCGGACGCUCUUCGCCAACAUCGUGCUGUCCGGCGGCUCCACGCUCUUCAAAGGGUUUGGGGACCGGCUGCUUAGCGAGGUGAAGAAACUUGCCCCAAAGGAUGUCAAGAUUAAGAUCUCUGCCCCGCAGGAGCGACUGUACUCCACGUGGAUCGGAGGCUCCAUCCUGGCCUCGCUGGACACCUUCAAGAAGAUGUGGGUGUCGAAGAAGGAGUACGAGGAGGACGGGGCGCGGGCCAUCCACCGCAAGACGUUCUAGGUGUGGGGCCAGCGGGCGCAGCUGGUGGUUGGGGGAGCUCGGCCAGGGCGUGCCCUUACGUUACCCCUUUCCAAUCCAGGGCUGCUAGCACCAGCCCUCCCCCGGGGCGUCGCCCUCCCCGCAUCAGCUUCCGGCAUCCCCCUCGCUCCCACCGUCAGCUGGA